AUGAACGUAACACCAGGAAGCACACCACCACCACCACCAGCCCUACUCUUUGAAACAAAGAUCACUGGUAAACUCUAUGAUGAUAGAAACUACAAUGGAGUAUUUGACGAUGGUGAUAUUCAACUGAACAUUGAUGGUCUGGAAAUCGGAUUGAUCUCUGAUGAUAACACCACCUACACCCAAGCAACUAUUAAUGAUGAUGGUACCUAUGAAAUUAAGACAACAAGACAAUUAGGUUACUAUGCUAUCAUGGUUACUUCUUCACCCAACUUUGGUGUCAACUACUUCCUCCCACAAACCAGAUUCCACAGUCCAUUCACCUUUGAAGGUUGGGAGCAAGAUAUUCCUGUAUUUAGAAAAUCACCAAAUGGAUGUAUUGGAACAGUAUCAACUCCAUCUAAAGAUGUUAGACUUCAAUAUGGUCAAUUUAAUUUGGUCAACUUUGAUAUCUAUCCAUAUGAAAAUGUUACUACAAAUUUCCCACCCUAUUGUCAAGUCACAUUAAGUCAAUCAGUUUUAUCCAUUAAAUAUAAAACAAAUCUCAAUCUCGCAUUAUUUAAUGAUAUCAAUUUGGAUGGAAACAGUUCAAGUACGAUUUUGUCACAAAUCAAAUAUGAUGUUAUUUCGACAGUGGAAGGAAAUCUCCUUCAGAGAGCAUUCACUUAUCCAGCAGAUAACCAAAUUGACUUACCAUCCACCUCACGUAUUGUUUUUGAUAAGUUGAUAUCAAUGGUACCAAUCAUUGACAACUAUCUGGUCACAGUUGAAAAUCCAAACAUUAUCUCUACCAUUAAUGAAUCGAUUGGUUUUAUAGUACCCACACCAUCAAAGAUAAUCACAUUCGUCAGCUCUGACACCUCGGAAAUCCUAUCUUUGACCUACGCUAAAUUCACUUCCAGCUUCUUUGCCAAUAUCGGUUGGAAUCAUUCGUUACUCUCCUUUAGUGUCGGUGACAAUCAAACUGUUAUCUACUCAAAUGGACAAGAUGUUCGUAUAUUCGAUAGCUCUCCAUAUGAAUAUUCUGUUUCAUCAAUUGUAUACGGAAACAUUGAAAUUGUCAAUCCAAAUUUGUUCCCUCAGUUUGUACCAAACAACGGAUUAAACUUGACAAUUACCAACGAUUAUCCAUUUGGAACUCCAACCUAUUCAAUUGACGGAGUUCAAAUCGUAUGUGUUGUAGCAUCACAAGGAAAUCUCCUUGAAUGUACUAUUCCAGAAUGGACUAGCGGUUCUCUUACAAAACAAAUCACAUCCACUUGGAACAGUAAUAAUCUCUUUGAUUAUUAUACCAUAACCUACUUGGAGCCAACCACUACCACCGGAACAACAACUACUACAUCUGAGACAACUUUAUCCAGCACAACUGAAUCAUCAACUACAAGCUCCACAACAGGUGGAUCAACAACUACCACUACUGACCCAUCCACAACCGAACAGUCCACUACUGGUACUACUGAUCAGAUAACUACCACUACUACCACUACUGGAACUACUGGAACUACUGAUCAAAUAACAACUACUACCACUACAACAGCUGAACCGAUAACUACCGGACCAUCUACAACUGGAACUACUGAUCAGAUAACUACUACGACCACUACUAGUAGCACUACAACAGCUGAACCAAUAACUACUGGACAAUCCACUACUACCUCUACUGGAUCCACCACAGGUGGUAAUCCGACAGUUGGUCAUUUAAGUGGAUAUAUAUUCGAUGAUGCAAAUCUCAACAAUUUCUUUGAUUCUGGUGAAUCUGCUCUAUCCAAUAUAUCCGUUCAAAUUGUUGGUCCAUCUGUAAAUAUCAUUGUGAAUACAAAUACAAGUGGACUCUUUGAUUUGGAGAUCUCCAGUACUGGUUUAUAUAGCAUAAAGGUAAUUUCAACUUCUUACUUUAUGCCUGAACAAGUGAUGAAAGUUUCAAUUGCCAAUAUUGAGGAUUACCAAGUAAACGUCACCGUAUUUAGUAAAUCGGGAUAUGGAUGUCUUGGAACCAUUAGAAAUUCUUUCAAUAAGAAACUUUCAGUACAAUAUGGCGCCAUAGAUUUAUCACUCUUCAACUAUCAAUCUACCUCUUUGUACGACACCUACUCGCUCCCAUCCAACUGCUAUGCACAAAAGAAUGGAUCUAUACUCACAGUUCAAUAUAAAUCGAAUAUAAAUCUUCAGUUGUAUAUCGACGAAAACUUCAAUGGAAUGUUAGAUGCCACCGAAAAUUCAACCUAUCCGACCAACGUCACGCUUAUCAUGGAAUCGACCAAUGAUGGUAUCAACAUCAGUCGUACCUAUCCAAUUGAACAGCUACCAUUGAAUCUAACUGUUAAUGUACCAAAUAAUAGCACAAUCAGAAUUUUGGCUCAAGACGAUGUCGCCAAUAUCACCACCAUUUACAAUACCAAAUACUAUAUUAUUGCCAAACCAAACACAAUCUCCAAUUUAACUGACAACUUUGGAUUCUUAACUGCCAACCCCAACAAUACCAUCUCGAUUUCAAACAAUAGCUCAUUAUCCAUAUCUCUUCCUUAUGGAAAGUUCAACUGGACAUUCUUUGAGAAUAUUGAUUGGAAUAAUUCUUUAGUUUCCAUUGAUCCAAGUCCUGAUCAAUUAGUGAUUGUUUCGUCAAUCACUGAAAGAUUAAAUAUUACACAUAACAACCAAUCUACAGUACUAUCAAAUUUCAACAUUACGUAUAUUGAAAUUGUUUAUUUAGAUUUGUUUACAAAUAUAUCAACUGUUCCUAUCAAUGGAGGAAUCAUUCAGUUAAAGAAUAUAUAUUGGAGUGGAGUCAUUACACCUGUGCUGUCUAUAGGAGGAAUAACUCUUAACUGCUCGCUUCUAAAUGAAACUACUUCAUUUGUGAAUUGCAGCGUACCACCUUAUACAAGUGGACCAUAUAGCAUACCAAUUGAUAUUGUUUGGAAUGGAAUGAUUCUUUUCUCAAAUGGCACUAUUAACUAUGAAGUACCGGUUACAACUAGUUCAUCCACAACCUCAAGCGGAAUUGCAACAACCUCUACUGCUGAUACUACAACAACAACUAGUGCUACAACAUCUAGUGGACUAGCAACAACAGAAUCACUUACUACCACAACAACCUCUGAUGUUACAACCUCCACCAGUGUUGAUACAACUACAGGUGCUACAACCUCCAGUGGAAUUGCAACAACAAAUCCAUCUACUACCACAACGACCUCUGAUGGUACAACAGCCUCUACAACUGUUGAUACAACAACAAGUGCUACAACAGAUUCAUCUACUACUACCACUACCUCAGAUUCUACAACAGCCUCCACCACUGUUGAUACAACAACUAUUGCUACAACAUCUACCGGAAUUACCUCUGAUGCUGCGACAACUUCUGGAGGAAUUACAACCUCCAUUGGACAACCAACGACAUCAACACCAACCACCGAUACUACUUCCGAUAGUGCAACAACAUCUAGUGGAACUGAAUCUGCAACUACAGGAAAUCCUAACUUUACAUAA